AUGCCUAGCGCGACCGCUAGUUCCGAUGGUCGCAAUGCUUCAGCCCUCUGCUCCCUGGACGAAUUCCUCAAGCAAGAGUAUGACUACCUCGUCAUUGGCGGUGGUACCGCAGGUCUCUGCGUCGCCGCUCGCCUGACCGAGAAUCCAGACGUGAAUGUCGGCGUCCUCGAGGCGGGUGCAAACCGAAUGGACGACCCUCAAGUCUACACACCGAGUCUUUACCCUACCUUGAUUGGACGCGAGAAGUAUGACUGGUGUUAUGAGAGUGUGCCGCAAGCUGGGUGUGGAGGUAAAACAAUGUCGCAACCUAGGGGAAAGGUAUUGGGUGGAUCUAGUGCGAUCAACUAUCUCAUGUAUGUGAGAGGGUCGAAAGAAGAUUAUGCUGCUUGGGAGUCGUUGGGCAAUAAAGGCUGGGGCUGGGAAGGUAUGCAUGAGGCUAUUCAGCUGCACUCGACAUCGCUGACUGCUUGGNUAGGUCUUGCUCCUUACUUUAAGAAGAGCCAGACAUAUGAUCCGCCGCCGAAAGAACACCCGAACAAGCAGUUCAUGCCAAUUGCAGCCAAGGAUGAGUACCAUGGUACCAACGGACCGAUCCAUACAUCUUUCAAUGACUACUGGGAGCCGUUCGAGGAAGACUUCUGCAAGGCUGCCUACGAAGUCGGUGGAGAANAAAGUUCUCUGGUCGACGCGUGGUCUGGCGACCACUUCGGCUUCUACAGUUCUCUUGCGGCUGUCGACCGAACCAGCGACAAAGGAAGACGAAGCUAUGCCGCCACAGGAUACCUGCGACCAAAUCUUUCCCGGCCGAAUCUCAAAGUCUUGACUGAGGCAUUGGCAACCAGAGUCUUGCUUGACGGUAAUACUGUGACGGGUGUCGAGUUCUCGCAUGGCAGUCAGAAACACACCGUUGACGCAAGCAGAGAAGUCAUCCUGUCUGGCGGUACGGUUAACAGCCCGCAACUUCUUGAGCUCUCGGGUAUUGGCGAUCCUGAGGUAUUGAAGGCAGCUGGAGUGGAAUGCCUCGUCGAAAACAAGCGUGUAGGAUGCAACUUCCAAGACCAUGUCCUUGGUGGCAUGAUGUACGAUCUGAAGGACGGCUUGAAGUCUCUGGACUCCCUUCACGACUCGGAAUACCAGAAGGCCAUGGAGAAAGUCUACGAAGAGACUGGCGAAGGACCCUACGGUAGUCCUGGCAUGCUAAUGGGCUUCGUGUCAUACGCUUCUCUGGUCAGCAAAGAAGUGUUGGAUGAUACCAUUGCCGAGAUCCGCAAGAACUCGCAUGCGAAGACGGACUUCGAAAAGCGUCAAGAGGAGACUAUCAUCUCGCAGCUGAGUGACCCCAAGUUUGCAAACAUCCAGACUUUCUGCAUCGGCGCUGGAUUGGACGUAAGCCAAGGAGACAGUCAAGUCAGAUUCUUCAGCGCACCCNCUGAAGGUAAAACCCGCAUCUCCCUUCUCGUUUGCUUGGAACAUCCGCUAUCGCGCGGAAGCAUACACAUCACUUCUCCCGAUCCAACACAACACCCUCGCAUCGACCCAGGCUACCUCAAGAACGGCGCCGAUGCCAAGAUCCUCGCCGAGGGAAUCAAAUGGAUGGACAAAGUCGCCAAUCAACCCGUUCUUAAAAAGUCGCUCGGCGAUCGCAUUCUGCCACCUCAGGGUGUGAGUAUCGAGACUGAGGAAGAGAGAGUUGAGUAUGUGAGGAACCAUAUCUCGACGCAGUACCAUCUGAUUGGCACGUGCACUAUGGGCGAGGUUGUGGACGAUAAAUUGAAGGUCAAGGGUGUUGAGAAUUUGCGUGUUGUUGAUGCGUCGGUUUUCCCGACGCAUGUGUCGGGAAACAUCAUGGCCAGCGCUUAUGCGGUUGGAGAGAAGGGUGCUGAUUUGGUCAAGGCGGAUGAUGGGAGGUUCUUGAUGAAGGUCGACUCGAAGGUUGACUCGAAGGCAUGA